AGACAGCCGCAGGUUGCUGCUAUUGCAGCAGGAGCAAUAGGACUAGUCACGGAUCUGAGGUUAAUAAGUGGGAGGAAUGGCUUGAGAUUAAACAACAACAACAAAAAGCAACGAGAGAUGAGCAAUAUCUGACAGUCUUGUUGGAAAUUGCUGCAGUGCUCUUUUCCCAGGUGUAGUGUAUUAUCAUACAGAUGAACUAAACUGGGCAACGGAGUCUCAUGUCACAUGUGCUUCAUAGGAAGAAACGGGGCAUCUGCAAGCUGGAUCUGGAGGAGGAUGCUGCGGCAAAUGAUACACAGAGGGCUCAAAGCUUCUUUCUACUGGCUGGGCUUAUUUGUUAGUAGGCAUCCGGUUUUUUUCCUCACCGUUCCCGCAGUCUUAACCAUCAUUUUCGGAUCUACAGUCCUGAGCAGAUUCAAGCCCGAAACGGACCUCGAGAUACUGGUUGCCCCGACCCACAGCUUUGCUAAAGUAGAGCGGAGUCUUGCGAACAGCCUUUUCCCCAUCGACCAGUCUAAAAACAAGCUGUAUUCCGACCUGCACACCCCCGGCAGAUAUGGCAGACUGAUUCUACUGGCCAAGUCUGGGGGAAAUAUAUUGGAGCUAGCCGACCAGGUCCUGCAGGUUCACAAGCAGGUGUUGGAUUUGAGUGUUAAUUACAAGGGAUUCAAUUACACUUUCGCUCAUCUCUGUGUCCUGAGCCAUCAGGAUAAGCGAUGCAUCUUGGAUGAUAUAAUUACGAUAUUCGAAGAUAUCCGUUUAGCUAUUCUGUCGAAUUAUACUUUCUCGAAGGUGCCCGUGAGCUAUCCAAAUACAACCUUAAAGGACGGUCGUGUCUCUUUCAUCGGCCACCAGCUGGGUGGAGUGGCCUUCUCGCCCAACAGCCGAGACCAGCAGGUGAAGUUUGCCCGUGCCGUCCAGAUCACCUACUACCUCCGCAAUCAUGGCCCCGUGGUUCAGGACGUCAUCGCAGAGAAGUGGGAGAACGCCUUCUGCGCCCUCAUCACGCGCCUGUCCACGCUCAGCGAGGACCUGCACAUCCAGUCUCUCACCUCCUUCAGCCUGUGGAGGGACUUCCACCAGACGGGAGUACUGGCUAAAGGGGAGGUGUUGGUCAGCAUGGUGCUCCUCCUGCUGGCAGCCACCAUCUCCAGCUCCAUGAGGGACUGCCUGAGGGGGAAGCCCUUCCUGGGUCUACUGGGUGUGCUCACAAUAGCCAUCGCCAACGUGACUGCAGCUGGCAUCUUCUUCAUCUCCGACGGGAAGUUUAACUCCACGCUGCUGGGGAUCCCCUUCUUUUCCAUGGGUCAUGGAACCAAAGGAGUGUUUGAGCUCCUGGCGGGCUGGAGAAGAACUCGAGAGAGCCUUCCCUUCAAGGAGCGUGUGGCAGACGCCUUCGCCGACGUGAUGGUGUGCUAUACCAUGACCAGUUCCCUCUACAUCAUCACCUUUGGCAUGGGUGCCAGCCCCUUCACCAACAUUGAGUCGGUGAAGAUCUUCUGCCAGAGCAUGUGCGUAGCCGUCCUGGUCAACUACUUCUACGUGUUCUCCUUCUAUGGUUCCUGCUUGGUGUUCGCUGGUCAGCUGGAGCAGAACCGCUACCACAGUGUGUUCUGCUGUAAGAUCCCCUCAGUGGAGUACCUGGACCGCCAGCCCACCUGGUUCAAGACCAUGAUGAGCGACGGCCAUGACCACGUCACUCACCACGAGGUCUUGCCCUACCACAACCACUUCAUCCAGCACUUCCUGAGGGAGCACUACACGGAGUGGAUCACCAACACCUACGUCAAGCCCUUCGUGGUCAUCCUCUACCUGAUCUACGCCUCCUUCUCCUUCAUGGGAUGUUUACAAAUCAGUGAUGGAUCCAACAUCGUCAACCUCCUAGCCAGCAACACGCCCAGUGUGUCCUACGCCACGACCCAGCAGAAGUACUUCAGUAACUACAGCCCUGUGAUCGGCUUCUACAUCUAUGAGCCCAUCGAGUACUGGAACUCCACGGUGCAGGAGCACCUCACAACGCUGAGCCACGGCUUCAACAAGAUCUCCUGGAUGGAUAACUACUUUCAGUAUCUGAAGGUGGUGAAUGUGAGCGCCUCGACCAAAAGUGAUUUCAUCACCAUCCUGCAGGGCUCCUUCCUGCGCAGCCCGGAGUAUCAGCACUUCAUGGAGGACAUCAUUCUGUCCAAGACAGAUGGAGAUGAAAUGGAGAUCAUCGCGUCCAGGAUGUACCUGGUGGCACGGACCACGGAGAAGACACGGGAGGAGGUGGUGGAACUGCUGGAGAGGCUCCGCCCACUAUCGCUCAUCAACAACAUCAAGUUCAUUGUCUUCAACCCCACCUUCGUCUUCAUGGACCGUUACAGCUCCUCCGUAGUGUCGCCCAUCCUCACCUCGGCUUUCAGUGUGCUCACCAUCCUCAUCCUCACCUUCUUCCUGGUCAUCAACCCUCUGGGGAACUUCUGGUUGAUCCUGACCGUUACCUCCGUAGAGCUGGGGGUCCUGGGCCUCAUGACCCUCUGGAAUGUACACAUGGACAGCAUCUCUAUACUGUGCCUUAUUUAUACUCUCAACUUUGCCAUGGAUCACUGUGCACCCCACCUGUAUACCUUCGUACUGGCCACGGAGCACACCAGGACCCAGUGCAUUAAGAUCUCGCUGGAGGAGCACGGGGCGGCCAUUUUGCAAAAUGCCUGCUGUUUCAUCAUUGGGAUGUUGCCGUUGGUGUUUGUGCCUUCCAACCUGACCUACACACUGUUCAAGUGCUCCCUCCUCACCGCAGGCUGCACAGUGCUGCACUGUUUUGUUAUCCUGCCUGUGUUUCUAACGUUUUUCCCCCCGUCCAAAAAAAGGCACAAGAAGAAGAAACGGGCCAAACGGAAAGAGAGAGAGAGGGAGCGGGAGAUGAUGGAGAGGGAGAGAGUGAGGGAGAGGGAGGAGAUAGAGUGCAUUGAAGUCAGGGAGAACCCUGAUCAUGUGACUAACGUCUGAGAGGCCGUGUGUCUGUGAGCGGUGAGCGGCGAACGUUGAGCGUCAGCGGGACGGUCUUCAGUGAUUGGUGGAUGAGGUGUUGGAAGCCUUUCCUAAACUGAAGGUGGCCAUGCGGUGUAGCACCUCACAGGGCCCAAGAGGUUAAAGCUGACUGGUCCUCAGAGGGAGGAGGGAGAGAUAGGCUAGCAGCCAUGACCCAGCCAGACAGCCAGCAGCCAUGCUGUCCAGAGUAGAGACCAGACCAGAUCAGACCUAUAGAUCAGCUACGCCUUCAAACUGGAUGGGACAGUGUAUAUUAUCUGCACAGUCUGCUCAUGGUUCCCUCUGCUGUUCAUGCAGACACAUGCACACAGCCAGGACGCAACUACAAACGCCUACAUUCACUUACAGUGUUAUGUGUAUGUGAAUAAUACAUCUUAUUUUAGCAAUUGUAAAUCUACAGUACCUUGAGCAAAGCAUGCUAGCAUGACAAUGAGAGACAUGUCUACCUCCAGGAUGGUUGUCAAAGUUAUCUAAAUUGUUUUCUACCAUUUGUCAUAGUAAAUCUGGCCAUUCACUGACAUAUAUGACCACCCUUAUAGUAUGAUUAGUUUGAUGAAUGACAGGCAGAAGGAUCUAUACAUUAGAAUUGGUUUGAGAGUACACAGAGAUAAUGAAUACCAACAGUACAUUCCAUUCUGUCUUUUCGGUGAACACCCAAGCGAACAGCUGAUCUGGGCAGAUGGCAUACACUGUGUCCAUUAUGAAAAAUGAUCUUGCACAGUACAAUUGUCAAGGUACAUUUUACAGGAAGACAAGUAUAUCUGCUUUAUUUCUGUUUUCACAUCUGUUCUUAGCCAACAAUUACAGUGGAACUGCAGCAAGGUACGUCAUUUAAUAGAGUCAUGCAUGUUCUAGAAAUCCUAGCAGAAUGAACUAGGUGUGAAAGGGCCUCUUUUAAAGCAGUAAAACCCAAAGGAUGGAGUACUGCAGAGGUUGAAGGUUGUGUUUCCACACUAACUGGGCUCGGAUAUGGGGUCAUCUGAACAUCAUGGUUGACGAGGCAUGGUUAGUGUUUAACACAUUUCAGUGUCACAUGUUCUAUUGGCCCAUGAUUAUGGGUCAUGAACAAAAUAAAUGAUUGGGUGGGUUAGACACGACAGGCUACAUGUUAGGUCAUCAUUUAAUCAGAGAUGCUGUAUAUUAGCUCUUUUUGCUUGAAAUUCUAUGGUGCCACAUAAUUAGAGAGAAAAACUACUUUUGGGUUGCAGAUAAAACACUUCUUGAUUUGUUUUGUAAAUGUGGACAUUCUGUCAAAUUAAAUCAUGAUGUAAAAGACGUCUUAUUGGAUCUAACCUCACAAGCAAUGUCAUACAUCACAAUUAUUCUAGUUUAAGCAACCAUUGGUAUUCAUAUUCCAAUGGCUUUUAUUGUCCCAUGCUUGAUGUACUUUAGAACUUUCCAGAGAAUAUCAACGUUCUCCUCCAGUAGCCUCUCUACGAUCCAGAGUGGUCAAAAUGUAGUCCCUCUCCCCCUGGGGAAAACAAGCGCAUUAACUAGCAACGUCUGGAUAAGAUCUCUAUAAGGGCUGAGAAGCACACUCUCAAGGUCAGAUUGCAGGAGAUAGUCAUCACUGACCUCUGGCACAUUAUCUUAGAGUGGCUUGUGGCAUGUGACAGAGUGCCUCUCAUGUAAAAGGAUGUGGCUGUCCUUAGGUUAUUCUUAUUUGAAAGUCAUGUUGCUUGAAAGGGUUGAGGUACUCCUCAGAAAGGACAGAUAAAGCUAGCAGGGCAGCUGAAGCAGAUUUGUGUGUGUUUGGACCAAAAGUUAGAGAAGCUUCCAUGAGAAAAAUGGUUAGUAGAAUUAACCAUCAUGAAAGCAUCAUGUUGUAGGCGUACAUAUUAAUGUAAAGAAAAGAAGAGUGGUUUAUACUUCAGUAUGAUAGUUCGCUAGUUAUCAAGAUAAAGCCUUUAAGUGCACAUGGGCUUUCCCAUUCCUGCGUUAGUGAAAUAAAUGCAAUUAAAGGGGUCCUCCAUCAUGAAAUAAGCAUCCUCCUUACAAAAUUCUUUGUCUCAGAGUUAGCAAAGAAUGAAUCUCUCAUGUUAAAAAUGUUGACAAGGUAAAUCCCUAAUUUCAUUUUCAAAUCUCUUGUCUGUGGUGAUGAUUAAUCAUAAGCAUUUAAACCUAAAUAGCCAGAGAGAAUCUGGUCCCUUUGAACCAGGCAUAGUUUAGUGAGUGGUAUAGGCUAGCUACAACACCUGCAGCUGUUGGUAUCUCUGCAUUUUGUAAAAGCCAUGUCAUGAAUGUAUAGCAAGAAAGCAUGAACAUGUAAUAUAAUGGGAACAAAAUGCCAAUUGAAAUCAUUGACUUCCCAAAAUGACUGUACGCAUGGCACUGUAAUGUAGGUAUGCAUGUAUUUCAUUUUUGUACAUUUAGUCUGUGUAUCCUCAUUUUGCUACUCUGUAGUAACCUAUUUCAAUGCAUAUUCUAUAACAUCUUGUGCAAAAAAAAAAGAACUACAUGUCCUCUAUGUUCAACAAGACAAAAGCCAGAGAAUCAUACUAUGACAUGUAAUAUAAUUGUAUGUGAUUUUUUUUUUGUAAGAUUUUAUAAGAAAAAUAGGAAAAAAACUCUACAAUAUAAGAUUUUUUUUAAGCUGAAGUUUUAUUAUAAAAAAGCAAUAAAGGAAAAAAUGUUUGAACACAGUAGGCCAGUAAUAAACUGUGGGAUGCCAACAGUAUACAGAAUGGGUCGACCCAUCGCACACUGCAGUGGACCUACAUGUUUUCUAUGGGGAGACUUCUUUGUCUGUUUGUUUGUUUGUCUAUUCCUCACUACUUGGCCAUUAUAUUACAGGGAAAUAUUACAGCCUCUUUUUACUACACCACAAUUUUAUCUGGCUUGGUUAGUCUACCAGAAUCAUUUGCAAAAUAACAAACAUUAACGACAAAGUAUUUACAUUUUAUACGCUGAACAUGUCUAAGACUGAGCUUAAAGGCUUGCCGUGCUGUUAUGACCCAUAUGUACAUAACUUCUAAUGAAUAUUCAGAUUACAAUAUGAUUAUACAUGAUCCAUGAACAUGCUUAACCCUCCAAAAACUUUCGUUGCUUUUUUUGCAAGUCUCUCAUGAUACAGGAUAGUCGAUUCAUAUUUUCAAAUACUCUGCUUGCUGUGGUUACUGUGUACAAGUCAUCUCUGAUGAAGCUAUGUUUAAUGCUGUCUUUCUGAGUCUACUGUGUGUUCAAACGUGCGACCAAUCAUCACUUGUCUAACAAUUUCAUUGUCUGCUCAGCUGAGAAAGUCAGUACCUCCACCAAUGUUUAAUUUGUCAUCAUUAAGUAUUCAAUAUCCAAAAUACAGUACGUGGCUGUCCAGUGUCCAAAUCCUCUCGAUUUUCAAACUCCCUUGCUUAUGGUUCUGAUUGUGUGGUAGGGUGUAAUUUAGAGUUUUGUAUUUGGACAGAACGUGGUCAUUGAUUGAGGACAUCCGUGAAGACGUCAUUAUCUGAGGUUUGGUAUUGAUCACUGUGGUGUCUGAUGCUCCAUGUGUGAAUAUAAAAACCCAAACACUGUUCUUGAGUAGCAGGUGAUCGCAGGCUACUUUAAAAUUUCACCACACUUUGUUAUACUAAGGAUAGGCAUCAAGCCUGCUGCAGUUGGGCUCAUGAUUCUAGCUUAUACUACUUGCCAGGAAAACACUGCAAUAAGAUGUGUGAAACAACCAUUGAUGACUGAAUUAGAAUAUUGAAAGAUGCAUAGGAAAGUCAGAAUAACCCAAGCAGCAGGUGAACUAAUGUCUGCCCCUCGAUCAUACACAAGAAUAGUUAAGUUUGCAUGUUCAGGUAUACAACAACCCAGUGCAAUAAGAUUAUGCAAUUAUAAACUGUAGUUGACUACGCUGCAUUACUGUUAUAACAGCAAGAACACAUUUAUUCUGUAUUGUUAGGUUGGUUGUAACCCUGACAGUGGAGGCUGCUGAGGGGAGGACUGUUAAUAAUACUGGCUGGAAUGGAGCAAAUGGAAUGGCAACAAACUAUGUGUUUGAUGUAUUUGAUACCAUUCCACUGAUUCCGCUCUAGCCAUUACCGCAAGCUCGUCCUCCCCAAUUAAGGUGCCACCAACCUCCUGUGAACCCAGCCAAUGUAUUUUCUGCUCAUUCAUCAAUACGGUAGUCAUCCCCUUUUUUACAUUUGCAAUUUCAUACAGCAUUUCUACACCACAUGUCAAUGUCAACAAUUGAGUACUGCAGUAGGAUUUCUCCCCUUAGAAUAAGCAACAGACUGAAAGGGGAACUGUCUCAUAACGACUUGUGUGUGCUUGGCCAGUUUAAAUACAAUGCUACUAACAUAGUGAACAUUUAUGUCAGCCAUCUUUUAGACAGUACAAAGUGCUCAGUGUUAAAGACAGACAGUCUUGGGUGAAUGACUUGAUGAUUUAUUUGGAGUCUGGAUUAGGUUUGAAAAUGCUAAUGUCUGAGGCUAUGUACGUGUCAUCAUAAGCUUGAAAUAACAUGUCUUUGUGCACAUCAUAAGCUCUACAUAAGGCUGUGGGGUCCAGGAGAGAUGCACACCAUUCAUCUACAAUGGAAUUACUUUUGAUUUGUCAGAAUGGUUUGGUUGCAUUGCUUUACUUUUCAAUGCUUUAUGUGUCUUUUAUGCAAAAUAACUGAUUGGAUUCUGGUGAAUGGUUUGUGGGUGCUGUUGUGAUCCUGUCAGACAGAGUUGAAAACUGGUGGUGGGUUGAGCUGACUGUAUAUCAAUCAAUACAUGGUAUUUGGAGUUUGAUUGUGACCCAGGUUGAAUGUUAUGUUAGAUAUGCUGAUAGGAUACAUAGAAUGUAGGCCCUGAAUCAAGCAGCUAGUGUAAGGAUGUGGUUAUGACAACAAUGUGUGUUUGUGUACUAUAGUUAACACAGCCCCUCAUCCCUAAAAUUACACUUUAUUUGCUUUGCAUACACCAACUGUAACCCCUGUGCUGCUAUGAGGCUUAUGGUGAAAACAGAUGACACUGCAUGAGGAGUAAUCACAGUGUUGUUUAAGUGCACAUCAGUGUAGGCUCCUGAGAGGAGGAAGGGGAGGACCAUCCUCCUCAGUGAAUUUCAUGAAAAUAUAAAUUGUGAAACAUUAAAAAAGUUAUACCUUUUAGAUAAAACUAUACUAAAUAAUAUCACGUCACCAAAUAAUUGAUUAAAAUAAACUGUUUUGCAGUGGAGGUCUACAGUAGCCUCAACAGCACACUAAUUAACUUCCAGAGGAUGUCCUCCAACCCAUCAGAGCUCUUGCAGUAAUAACUGACAUGUUGUCGACCCAAUCAGAGGAUCGGAUAAUUAAUCUCGUUGUGAAAGCAUAAUCCACAGCUAGCUAGCACUGCAGUACAUACAAUGUAGUGAGUGUUUGGCUCAAAGAGAGAGAAAGAUAAUAGUUGAACAGUUUUGAACAAAUUAAUUUCUUAAAAAAUAAAGAAGAAGCGAGAGAGAGAGAGGGAGAGAUGUCUAGCUAGCUACAUUUCAUAGUAUUUUUCUUUCACUUUGAAUUACCUAGCUAGCGAAUGCAGCUAGCUAGUUUAGCCUACUCGAACAGAGCUGGCUAUGGCUAUCCAACACUGGAACUCUUCCAAGUCAAGAGUAAUGGAAGGUAGAUCAGAUUUAAUAUUUCAGAUAAAUUGUAGCUUACAUCAAUGUAACACAUAUGUAAUCAUGUAGUAACCAAACAAGGUUUUAAACAAGUCUAAUUAUAUUUUAUAAGUAGCCACCGUUUGCCUUGAUGACAGCUUCUUGGCAUUCCUUCAACCAGCUUCAUGAGGUAGUCACCUGGAAUGCAUUUAAUUUGGUAAAAGACCAAGUCCAUAUUAUGGCAAGAACAGCUCAAAUAAGCAAUGAGAGAUGACAGUCCAUCAUUACAGUCCAUCAUUGACUGACAUGAAGGUCAGUCAAUACGGAAAAUCUCAAGAAAUUUGAAAGUUUCUUCAAGUGCAGUCGCAAAAACCAUCAAGCGUCAUGGGGACUGCCACAGGAAAUGAAGACCCAAAGUUACCUCUGCUGUAGAGGAUAAGUUAACUAGAGUUUACCAGCCUCAGAAAUUGCAGCCCAAAUAAAAGCUUCACAGAGUUCAAGUAACAGACACAUCUCAACAUCAACUGUUUAGAGGAGUGUGUGAAUCAGGCCUUCAUGGUCGAAUUGCUGCAAAGAAACCUCUACUAAAGGACACCAAUAAUAAGAAGAGACUUGCUUGGGCUAAGAAACUCGAGCAAUGGACAUUAGACCAGUGGAAAUCUGUCCUUUGGUCUGAAGAGUACUAGUUAGAGAUUUUUUGUUCCAACCACCAUGUCUUUGUGAGACGCAGAGUAGGUGAACUGAUGAUCUCCACGUGUGGUUCCCACCAUGAAGCAUGGAGGAGAAGGUGUGAUGUUUUGUGUGGCUUGCUGUUCCAAAUAAAAUUGAAUAUAUUAUCAAGGUAAGAUUUAGGUUUUAAACAUUUAUUGCCACUGGGGCCUGCCGGUGUAACUGCUAAACUGCUUGCUGUACAUUGUAUUGCAUUAUUGUAGUGGGUUUAUUAACGCGUUAGUUAUAGUAGCUAGCUAUGUUGACUAUGACGUUAGCUAAAAUGGCGGCAACAAUGUAUGCUGUGUGUAGCUGCUAGCAUUCCACAAGCCAUGGGAAAAAGUGAGAUGAGGAGAGCCCGUAGAUACGAGAAGGAAUUGUACAAAGAGCAAAUUAUCAUGGUGUUUGUAUGUGGCUGCUGUGAAAGUGAACUGUUUGAGGUUAUCAGGAGUGUAUUCAUUCCACCGAUUCUGUUGAAAACAUUUCUUAAUUGGAAGCACAUGGAAGGGAACGGGGAUAAACAUAACUGAAUUUGUCUAAUAGAAACUCUCGUUUGCAACUGUUGGACUAAUGAUUACACACUAGAUCAGCUAGAUGCAGGCAAGAGUGUGCAAGGCAGCAUUGAAUGUGUCACUGUCUGUCACCUUGAAUACUCAAAUAUUUAUCUCAACCUGUGCACCUACGUUGUAAACUUUAAUUCAUAGGCUAGGUUGUACAGUAUCAACCUCAUGAUGGGUAUAUGGAAAAUUUGAGUAUCAUUUAGUAGCCUAAACCUAUUGAUGUUACGAUGAGCUGGAUGAAUGGAAUUUGAAUGGCAGUCAUCUAAUAUGCUGUAAUAGAAAUAAGGCCGUGCUCAUUAAAAAAGAUUGUCCUCCCUCAUUUUAAACGGCACUGACCGCCACUGGUGCACAUGUUUAAGCUAAAUCACUUAGCAUAUUUUGUCUAAACCAUUGUUUAUAGGGACAACGUUUCUCCAUGUGUAAUCACCCCAAAUGUAAUCCAUGUACUGUAAUGUAAAUGCAAAUGUGGUCAUUCACCCAUUAGGUCUUCCCAUGGCUCAGAGACACUCGGCCCGGCGUAGAGAGAAUGAUGGAGGGAGAAGGGAUGCACAGGGGUGUGAAGUGAACAAUACCACAGGAAUACUGGCUAGUGACCCUGUGACUACCACAAUGUUCUUUCGCACUCAGUAGCAUAGACAAGGGAGCCCUCAGACCAGGCCAUUAGUGUUGAAAUGUAGAACUAUCAUUUCUGAUGCUCUACCCAGCUCCUCAGUGGCUGACUGAAUAGGCUUUUCUAGGCUCCAGUGCUGUGGUAGCAAGCUGGCAGGGCUGACAGCAAUCCUCUCGCUCUCUUCUUCUUCCUUAUCUUGUGGCAGCAGGAGAAUAUUUAAAAGAUUCAGAGAACUGGAGAGGUAAGCCCUCAUUUUAAUCUCAAACGAUUUUAGCAGCUAGCGCAGGAAGGAAACUGUGAUAGUCAUUACAGAAGAUGACUGCAAGCUGUCUGAUUGCUGCAACAGCAGAAGGACUCUCAACCCACAACGUUUACUCCUCAUGUUGGAGAGUUCCACAAUACUUUUUUUAGACUACUUGAGAGGAAAAGUUGGUAAAAUGAAGGGUGUUUUGUGUCAUGUAUUUGGUUUGUGUCUUUACUGUUCUGUAUGCUGAGAGGGAUAUUCUUGGCUGCUGUUUUUGAUUCUGCUGACGCUUAUGUGUGCUGCAUUUCUGGCUCUCCUUCCCUCGACACCGGCCUGUCUUUUGGGCUGCUUUGGGCCCGGUGUGGCUACUGCUGCCCGCAAGUGGCUAAUUCAAUUAACUGUUCCCAUCACAUGCUAGUGGUGGUAAAAUUCUUCAACCAAGUUACAGUGAUUUCUUCCCCCUCACUUCUGCCACUUUCUUUACUCGGGGGAUGUCAACCCAGCUGAACACUGUGUUUUUGGGCAGAGAACUGACUGUUUAGUAUGAGUGAGCCUUGUUGUGGUCAGACAAUGUUCUGAUUUAUGUUUCACUGUGGUUGGUACUAUGGCUGGAUGAUGACAGUGUUUAGAGUGAGUUGAUUUUGAACCUUUGUUGCAAGCGUGCUCAUUCACCUGCUCUCGAAGACCACAUUCGGUACGGUUGUAUCUUCAAUGAUAUAUCUACUUAAACAAAAUACUACAAAUGGUCAUAGCACCAAAUGAACUACAGUCUUCCAUAAAUGCAGAAUUCGCCAUAAUAAAUGUUCUCUAGGACAGUAUGGUACAUCUCAGCUGACGUUCUCGAGACUAAAGUUUAGCUAUGCAGGUGUCUGGCUGAUGUUAGUAAUCCAACUCCAGGAACAUCUUUACAUUUCAAUUGUAUUGAAUUGACCAGACAAAAAUGAAACCAUAGUGAAUUGAUUAUGUAAAGGAAUGUUUCAGUGUGAAUUUAUUAGAAGUAUGCUUUUGAAUGCUAUUCAUAUUUUCAUUGUAAACUAUUUUCUACUGCCUGCUAUGUUGAAGCUAUAAAUAGUAAUGCAUAUGUGAAAUUUUUAUAUGACCAAAACAUUUUAAUUAAAACCUUUGUCU